CUCGAGAGGCGGGCUCUCUUAGACCGGAGUUCUCUAUCCACCCAUCCAUACUGUUAUAUUUCUCAUAUCCAACAUUGAAGUGCUGGAGCACAACAAAAUGUGCAUGCAGCAGACGCUUGAAGUCAAUAAUUUUUGCUCACUGACUGAUACCCGUCAAUUUCGUUAAACGCUGGAUAAUAAUUUUGCAUCAAACAAAUGGGGUCAUGCAAACUUCUGGAGAAUAUGAACAUGACAUUUGGGAAGUGAUUUGCAGACAUAGUAUCAAGUUUCAGUUUAUGCAUCAGACAAAAUAACAUAGAAAAGCUAAAAUGGAGACAUUUACAUUGCAUGAUAUGCUCAAAAACUCCACUAAUCUUUAUAAGAUAUUAUGUGACUUUGGAAUCAAGAAUGUGUCGGAGUGCGACGAUGAAAGCCAGACGCGGCCGGAACCGAAAGAUUUGAACCAGACGGUGCGCAUCUUCCUCUACUGCCUCAUCUUCCUGGUCAGCGUGCUGGGUAACAGCCUGAUCAUCGCUGUGCUGGUGAGGAACCGCCACAUGCGCACAGUCACCAACCUGUUCCUGCUCUCCCUGGCCGCCAGCGACCUGAUGCUCUGCCUCUUCUGCAUGCCCUUCACCCUCAUCCCCAACCUCAUGAGGGACUUUGUGUUCGGCUCGGGCAUCUGCAAGGUGGCCAUGUACUUCAUGGGUAUCUCGGUGAGUGUCUCUACCUUCAACCUGGUGGCCAUUUCUCUGGAGCGCUACAGUGCAAUCUGCAACCCCUUGACCUCCCGUACCUGGCAAACCAAGUCCCACGCUGCCAAGGUCAUCUCUGCCACCUGGGUGGUGAGCUUCCUGCUCAUGCUGCCCUACCCCAUCUCCAGCACUCUGGUGCCCUUCACCCGGGUCAACAACAGCACAGGCAACAUGUGCCGCCUGGUCUGGCCCAGUGAUGUCAUCCAGCAGUCCUGGUACGUGUCCCUGCUGCUGCUCCUCUUCCUGGUCCCUGGGGUCGUGAUGAUGACAGCCUACGGGCUCAUCUCCCUUGAGCUCUACAGGGGCAUUAAGUUUGAGAUGACCAACAGGAAGUCCAGCAGAGACAGACAGUGCAGCACGGGCAGCAUCAAACCCGGCGACAACGACGGCUGCUACCUCCAGCCUGCCAAGAAGGGCGAGCUUGCCCACCUCCAGAGCCCUCUGUCGACCCACAGCCCUAACGUGACCAUCAAAAUCAGAGACAGCACGGGCAGCGCUAAGUCCACGCUGAGCCGUGUGUGCAGCAACAGCUCCACCUCUAACCUGAUGGCUAAGAAGCGCGUGAUCCGCAUGCUCCUGGUCAUCGUCUGUCUCUUCUUGCUCUGCUGGACACCCGUGUUUGCAGCUAAUGCCUGGAGGGCCUUCGACCGCCGCUCUGCCGACAAGCUCCUCUCGGGGGCGCCGAUAUCCUUCAUCCACCUGUUGUCGUACACAUCGGCUUGUGUCAACCCCAUUAUAUACUGCUUCAUGAAUAACCGUUUCCGCCAAGGGAUUCUGUCCACCUUCACCUGCUGUAGCUGCCCCAAGGGCAGGGGGUCAGGAGGGGGGGCUGGGAGUAGGAUCGGGACGGGGACGAGGAGAGGGGGAGGAAGAGGAGGGAUGAGGAGCGGAGAGAACGGGCACACGCCAUCCAGUGGUAAUAGCACGCGCUUCACAUACAGUAGUAUCCGUGGCUCCGCUCAGGCUUAGCCUCCUUUGUCAUCAUCGACCAGUCAGAAGUAGGUAGUGGUCAUGAAGGCGGGGUGGCCUGUCCAAAGUGUCCCCCCCCCCCCACCCACCCACUGUACUAUGAGAUUUUGGUCUCUGUUAAGGUCAUGCCUUCUUUCCACUUCAAAGUCCCCGUGCCUGUGAGAGUGGACAUGUACACUGAGUAUACAAACCAUUAGGAACACCUGCCUUUUCCAUAACCCAGGUGAAAGCUAUGAUCCCUUAUUCAAUGUCACCUGUUAAAUCUACUCCAAUCAGUGUAGAUGAAGUGGAAAAGGCAGGUUAAAUAAUCAUUUUUAAGCCUUGAGACAUGGAUUGUGGCUGCAUCACAUCCGGCCGUGAUUCGGAGUCCAUAGGGCGGCGCAUAAUUGGCUGAGCGUCCUCCGGGUUUGGAAGGGUUAGGCCGUCAAUGUAAAUAAGAAUUUGUUCUUAACCGACUUGCCUAGUUAAAUAAAAGGUUACAGUCCUUUGAAUGGGGCAUGGUAGUAUGGUAGUUUCAUGCUCAACAGUUUCCCUUGUGUAUCAAGACUGGUCCACCACCAAAAGGACAUCCAGCCAACUUCACACAACUGUGAGAAGAAUCCCUUGGGAACGCUUUUGACACCUUGUAGAGUCCAUGCCCAGACGAAUUGAGGCUGUCCUGAGUGGAGAUGUGGGUGCAACCCAAUAUUAGGAAGGUUAUCCUCAUGUUUUUUUUACACCCCGUGUAUGUAUUGAGUGGAUCCCAGUGAAAGAGUCGAUGAUAAUAUUGGCGCCAUUGCGAAGACAGGAUAAUCGAACCAUAGCAUGUUGACUUCAUGAAACUGAGAAAAUCAGCCAGAGUUUUUAACAAGGAGAUGAUGAUAUGACUUUAAAAGAACUAACGGUAAACAAACUAUAAAAGACUGAGGAAUGGUGGCACCUGAUUAAACCUCUGGCGUAUACAGUACCACCCUAUAUGCUGCAUUCACAGGGACCGUGAGAGGACAUGGCUUGGUCACGUCUACGGCAAAGAAGUUUACAUUCAGUACCCCCCCCCAUACCCAUAACUUCCCAUACCUCUGUGACCUCCUCCAGUGCAACAAAUGUGUAAACACUUCCUGACUUAAAUCACUGCCAUUCCAGGCAGUUGCGCAUUAUUUUGUGUCCUAGCCUUGUAGCACAGUGCCACGCUCUAAAACAAGUCAUUAGCGUACAUUAGCGUGUUUUCUCUUUCUUGACCCAGUCAGCGUGCUUUUUCAUCGUUGUGCCACAUGUAGUACUGUGGGUGACAUGACUCGUCGCCUUAUCGAGGUGUGGGACUGUGCACCUGUCUGUUCCCCUACUUCAAAGAGAUGUUUCCCGGCACUACCUGUCAAUCACACCCCACCUGGUCUCUGUUGACUUGGGUUGUAAAAUAUACUGCAGCGCAAAUGUAACAUACUGUGACGUUUUCUUUUUUACCUUGUUUUCUUGCAGCAUUAAAUCAAUUUGAAUUGUA